UAGCAUCGAGGAUACGAUCUAAAUGUAUAUUCUUAAAACACUACUGGAUAGUCACCAUUGGUCAUAUUUGAUAAUAUAAUGGACAGACAACUGACACAAAUUGAGAAAUAGUGAAAUUCUGUUGAUUCUAGUUAUUUAUUCUAAAACAUGGAACAUAGAGGAUGCAGGGCAUGGCGCGAGCGACAGCCGGCGGUCACCUACAUGGUUGCUUUGAUUUUCUUUUGGAUCGGAGCUUCAGCCCAGAUAAGAUAUUCCAUCUCUGAAGAGCUUAAGGAAGGAACUGUCGUGGGGAAUAUAGCUAAAGAUUUGGGAAUAGAUCUGAGCACCUUGAAGGAAAGGGGUUUUCGAAUCGUGUCUGGCUCGACCGAGCCCCUUUUCCAGCUAAACCAGAAUGACGGUAUCUUGUAUGUGACCCGAAAAAUAGACCGAGAGGAGGUGUGCGAUCGGAUCACGGUGUGUUUGAUCAACCUGAAAACCGUUCUAGAGAACCCGCUGGAGAUCCAUUAUGUCGCGGUGGAGGUGUUAGACGUUAACGACCAUUCUCCCAGCUUUCCCGAGAAAGAUAAACGGUUAGAGACGUUUGAGUCAGCGUUACCAGGGGCGCGUUUUCAGCUGCAAGCGGCGCGUGACCCAGAUAGUGGCCCAUACUCUGUUCAACAAUAUAAACUGAGUAACAAUGAUCAUUUUCGUUUGGAAGUUAAAGAUAGAGGUGAGGACCGUAAAAUGCCUAUUUUGAUUUUACAAAAGCAGUUGGAUAGGGAGUCUGCUAAGAAUCAUAGAUUACUGCUUACAGCCAUUGAUGGAGGAAAACCAGCGAGGUCUGGGACUAUCGAAAUAAUCGUUGAGGUAUUGGAUGUUAAUGAUAACUCACCUGUCUUCACUAAAGACGUAUACUCUGUAAUGCUUGGUGAAAAUUCUCCUGUCGGUGCAACUGUCAUUCAGGUAAAAGCAACCGAUUUGGACGAAGAUGCAAACGGUGAAAUUAUAUAUUCAUUUGGUAAUGGUGUAGAUGACAAGAUACUGCGACUAUUUGGAUUGGAUCCGAAUACUGGUGAACUAACCGUAAAAGGUCUGAUAGAUUAUGAGGUAAACAAUAUUUAUGACAUUGAUAUACAGGCAUCUGAUAAGGGACCCGUUCCAUUGGCAACAGACAAAAGCGUAAUUGUAAAGAUUAUUGACGUGAACGAUAAUGCGCCAGAGAUAGAAGUGACAUCAUUUUCCAAGGCAAUCCCCGAAGAUUCCAGACCCGGAACCACUGUAGCACUAAUAAGUGUUAAUGAUUUAGACUCUGGUCUCAAUGGGAAAGUUUUAUGUUCUGUAAUGGACAACUUGCCUUUCAAGCUAUUGUCGUCUUUACAGGAUAACAUGUAUUCUGUAGUCACCAAGUCACCACUGGAUAGAGAGAAAGUAUCUCAAUAUGAUCUAACAAUAGUAGCAAAAGACGCAGGCCAGCCGCCCCUGUCAUCUGUAAAGACUUUUAGUGUUGUAGUAUCAGAUGUGAAUGAUAACAGUCCAGAGUUUUCACUGAGCCCCUAUACUUUCUAUGGUCACUGAGAAUAACCACCCAGGCGCCUCAGUAUUUUCCGUGAGUGCUUCAGAUCGUGACAUAGAUGAAAACGCCUUUAUUUCAUAUCAUAUCUUAGAGACAAGUGGAGAGGAGAACAAAUGGGCAUCUUUCCUCAACCUAAAUUCAGAAAAUGGGAACAUUGUUGCGCUUAAAGCUUUGAUUUUGAAACCCUCAAAACAUUCAAAUUCCAAGUUGUAGCUACAGACUCUGGAACUCCGUCACUAAGCAGCAACGUCACAAUAAACGUGUUCAUUCUGGAUCAGAACGACAACGCUCCAGUGAUCUUGUAUCCAGUCAGCGCUAACGGUUCUGCUGAAGGUGUGGAGGA